AGAGCAGUCGACGCCGCAUCGCCGCCACUUGGUUCCAACAAGACAAUUUCGAAGUUUGACAGAAUUGCAGCAACCGCAAAAAACAACGCUUUGUAACCGCAGCUGGGCCUUCUGCUCUAAGCUUCAACCAUGGUGAUCGUGGAGCCGAAAGGGAAAAAGGAAGCUACUCGGGGUCAGAAACAAAUCGCUGAGGAGAACAAGGAAACCCUGAAGUAUUACAUGAUGAUGGCGGGCAUAAGCUUAGGCAUCCGUCUGACUGCCUAUAUCUUCGUCGGACGUGAAGUAUUCACGAUAGCUGAAAUGCUGUGCCUGACUUUCACCGUAGUUCUUCAAGCCUGCAGCUUGUCAAUGAUGAGCCUCUUCGCAAAGUGCGUCUAUGGGGAUCGGCAACAAGUUGUGGAUGCGGGCACGGAUUUGAACAUGAAAAACGGAAACGCCGAGUACUUGAAAGAUUUCAUCAUUUUAGCAUCAAUCAUUCAAAUGUUGACCAUUGCGUCCUCGAAGUUCUAUUGGCUAUUGCUUGCGGUUCCCGGGUACGCAAUAUUCGUUCUGUGGGUGAACGUCCUCGGACCGUGGUUCUUCGCGCCGGCUCCCGCAGAGGAAGAAAUUUCGGACAAAAAGCAGCGCAAACUGGACAGGAAGAUGCGGAGGAUGCAAGCUCGUUAGUUCCGACAUACUCUCCGCAGAAUGGUGCUGCCUGACGUGACGAAACUCCGAAGUCAGUCAGUGUCUCGGGUACUUAAUGAUGAGGCACAAGAUGUGUAUGUGGAUCACGGGUGAUUAGCGUGAACAAUUCCGAGCACUGGAAAGACCUGCCCAUGAGAGCCCGUCCUCGAUGCGCAACAAGGGCACAGAAUACAACACUGUUGUGAACCGUCGGCUGUGCUGUCUGAAGUCGGAAGAGUCAGCAUAUAGAUGUUCGUCAUUAUUAUAUUUUCAAUUCCAAUACGCAGCUCUUCGAUGCGACGGAUAAUCUCAGCGAUGAACAAUCGCUGCGAGAGAGUGAGGAAGUAUAGCUUUGGGGAUAUGUACAGAUUUAUUCAUUCUCGCGAUGAGAAAAACGCCUGAUACGAGCGAGAGAACCUUCCCAAUCGGGAGCAAGUCGUGU